AAAACAAAACAUAUCUAAAAUCCACUCAACGGUAUUUGUGACACAACUUAAAGGGAGUCGAAGAGCGAGAGUAGAGAGAGAAAAGGGUUUCGUUUGUGUUUGGUUUGUUGAUUUUACAGGUGAAAAAUGGAGAACAAAGAGGAAGUUAUUUCUGUUGAGCUACCGGCACCUCCUGCUUGGAAGAAAAUGUACUUGCCCAAGAAAGCAGGUACCCCUAGGAAGAGUGAGAUCAUGUUCAUUGCACCUACUGGGGAGGAGAUUAAUAACAGAAAACAACUGGAGCAGUACCUAAAAUCUCACCCUGGUAAUCCUGCCAUCUCAGAGUUCGAUUGGGGCACUGGUGAGACACCAAGGAGAUCAGCAAGGAUCAGUGAGAAGGCCAAGGCAACUCCAACACCAGAAAAGGGGCCUUCGAAAAAGCGAAGCCGAAAAUCAUUGUCAGGCUCAAAGAAGGGUAGCAAAGAAGAUGAAGCUACUCCAGAGAAAACUGAGGGAGAGAAAGAUGUUGAAAAGCAAGAUGCAGAAGUUACCCAGAAGGAAAAUGCUGAAGGUCACAAAGAUGUUGAUCUGGAGAAAUCUAGUGCAGAGAAUGAAAAACAUGCUGAAGAAACCAAGGAGAAUGAAGAAAAAGGAGUUCUUGAUGUUAAAGAAAAUGAAAGUGCAACAGAAGUGCAAAAGCCAGAAGCUAAAGGGACCGCUAACAAAGUGGAUAAUCCUGAUAGUGUGAACACAGAUGCAAAUGGAGCAGAAAACGAGCAAGCCAAUGGAUCAGCACCUGUGCAGGUUGACGAGAAAGGCAAAGAAAUCGAAGCAGAGGUUAUUGAAAAUGGGAAAGUUGACCAAAUGGGGCGAACUGACACCCCACAACAACCAGCUCCAGUGAGCUGCUAAAUGUGCUGUACUAUUUAUCCGACAACUUUAGCCCGUAUAGUAUAUCCUGUCAUUUGUCCUGGAACUUUUUGAGAUGUGGUUGAUGACUGUAACAUUGAACUUGUUGAUGGUGUUGGUAGAUUUAAUUGUAUGUAGGAAGAAUCAAUCUGUAUCUUAAUAUUAGAUUAGGCGGUAGAUGGUGCAGCUACCUUAUGUUGUAUUUGUGCAGGAACAUAGUUUGUAGACUUGUAAACUGGCUUUUAUCUUAUGGUUAGUGACUAAAUUUAAAUGUUUCGAAA